AUGUUGAGACCCAACACUCUUGAUCCGGCGGUCAUCAACGAGAGGCGUGAGCAAGACAAGGUCUUUGGUCUACUCUUCACCUUGAGUCCGGCGUACAACGACCUCAUCAAGCAUCUUCUCCGUGCUGACAAGCUCCAAAACCUUGAAGAAGUGUGUUCUCAAAUCCAAAAGGAGCAAGGAUCUCUCGGGUUGUUUGGUAGCAAAGGAGAGCUUGUCUCGGGCAACUCAAGUGAGCUUGCAUCCGCCAACCGUGGGAACUUCAAUGCCAACCGUGGGAAAGCUCCAUGGUGUGAUCAUUGCAAACGGAGUGGACAUGCCAAAGAGAAGUGCUGGAUUCUUCACCCUCACCUAAAGCCAGCACGAAGAGAGCCAAGAGCAAACCAAGCUACCGGAGGGAACCUUGGAGGCCAAGAGCAAGCCGGAACAUCAAGUCAAGCCUUGGGAGGAAAUGGAGCCGCAAUGAUGGCCUCUUCCGACCUUGUGAGACGUUCUGACCUCGACGCACUCAUCAAGGCUCUCAAAGAGUCUUCCGGAUAUUGAGACUAGUAGAGUGCUUGGUCAUGGAGGUACA